AUGGCGGAGGUACUGGAGACCCAGCUCAAGAUCAUCGCGGAGCAGGUCGGCCCCGACGAGCACGCCAUCUGCGCGCUGUCUGGGGGCGUGGACUCCACCGUGGCGGCCACCCUGGUGCACAAGGUGCUGGGCGACAGGCUGCACUGUGUGUUCGUGGACCAUGGGCUGCUGCGACACAAGGAGGCGGAGCGCGUGAUGGAGACGUUCACGCAGCACCUGCACCUGCCCGUGACGCUGGUGGACGACAGCGCGAAGAUGCUUGCCAAGCUGAAGGGCGUCACGGACCCUGAGGCCAAGAGGAAGUGCAUCGGGGGGCACUUCAUAGAGGUGUUCAACGAGUACUCAACCAUGCUGCAGGAAACUCGGGGCAUCAAGCCCAAGUUCCUGGUGCAGCAACAACAUAUCUAA